UAUAUACCCUUCUCUUCUCGCCAUUUCUAGGCACCUUAGCUCAACAUACACAAAACCUUCUCCUCUCUCUGUCUCUCUGUGUCUUUAACCAUGCAGCAGGCAAUACCUUACAAGUCAUGGCCACCUUUAUACACCAACAACAAGCCUCUAAUAAGCCCUUUCCAACUUAUUGCCCGCCACAACAAUGGUGGGGUGGUUGCAACUCAAGAAGUGCUAAAAGGGUCAGGAAAUAUGAGCAAGAUGGUGCAAGAAAAUGCAAUCAUAGUGUUUGCUAGACGUGGAUGCUGCAUGAGCCUUGUAGCGAAACGUUUGCUUCUAGGGCUUGGUGUGAAUCCAGCAGUUUAUGAGAUUGAUGAGGCUGAUGAGAUUAGUGUCUUAGAAGAAUUGGAAAUGAUCUGCAAUGAUGGUGGAAAGGGGAGUAAGAAGAAAGUACAGUUUCCUGCUCUUUUUAUUGGUGGAAAGUUGUUUGGUGGAUUGGAUAAACUUAUGGCUGCUCAUAUUUCUGGAGAAUUGGUUCCUAUUUUGAAAGAAGCUGGAGCCUUAUGGCUUUGAUUUUUCUGCAAUUUUGUGCUUGUCUAGCAAACUAAUUGAUUUCCUUUUCUUUUUUUUUUUUUUUAUCUUUUUCUUCUUCUUUUUCUUUUUUCCUGUUUUAGAUUUGAGAUUAUAAUUUUGUUAUAGAAAGAAAGAAAUACACAGUGGAUUUUAUUUUUUUUUUGCUGUUUUCUUCUCCUUCCAAUGAUUUGUGGAACUUUAAGGAGAUUGGAAGAUCAAGUUCUACUUCUCUCUAUUUGUUAUGCCAGCCUGACUUCUGCUCUGGCAAUUUUUUGUCUUUCAUAAUGUAAUGGAGGCAAAAUGCUACAGAACUUGUCA